CACUUGCGCUCCUCCUGCGGCUCGAUUCAUGACCACGGAACAACGUCAGCGAUCCGAAUACCUUUUCUGAACUCCUCGUUGAUCGUCUGUGUUCGCCGUCGGUUCAUCUCACUCUGAUAACUGACUCGACUCGUCGAAAAUAUCUUCAAUCGAGAACCUGAACGUCGACGAAUAACCUCGUGUUUGUUGCCGAGACAUAUUUGUCUCGUCGCUUGACACCCGAGUCAACUUUAAAAUACCCGAGACCAACUUGUCGGUACCUAGAACGCACGUCCACCAUGUCAGCUCUUUCGGCCCCCACUGUCUCCGCUAUCAAACAAACUAUAUCCCAUCUGUACCGAAAACCAACUUCCAAUUCUUUAUCAUUCGCUCAUGCUCCUUCCUUCCUUUCUGCUCCGUCUGCCCCUGCUCCGUCUGCUUCCAUCCGAUCUUACCUCGCGAGCCUGACGGCGACGGCGAACGAGGUGGCGAAUAUCAACGCAUGCGGAAGCGUGCUGGCAGGGCAAGGAAGCGAGAGUGACGAGUAUGGUGAUGUUGCGGUUUGGCUGGGGUCUGGUAAGGAUGACGGAGGGUUUGCGCAGGGGAAGGAAGGGGAAGUGUUAAAGGCGUUAGGGUUGGAUGCGUGGCUUGGCCUCGACACUCAACCUAAAGACCUUCAAUCACCUCUUCACCUUCCGACCACCUUCCAGGCGCCGUCUCCGAGCCCCGAGCUCGACAAGUUAACAGAGCUCCUCGGACAGCUCAAUGAUCGUCAUUAUUUUCUGGUGGAAGGAGGCGCAGACAAGGAUAAUUGUGUCGCGCAUUUCUUAGUCGGGCAGUUAUCGCAGGCAGAUGCCAAGGAGUGGGUAGGACUCGUUGGGAUGGGUGUCUGGUCGUGAAUGGUCAUUUUGGCGAAACUUGAAAGGCCUUUUAAACAUCAAACCUACAGUUACACACGGAGUGUCUUGUAUCUUUACGGAUUGGACGAAUCCAAGGUGCCUU